AUGGAGCAGCAAGGAGAGUUUGUCCCACCCCCAUUCCCACCACCCACAAUCGAUUCAAUGAUGUCUCAAGACGAAGGUAUCGAGGUCUCAGAUGAGCCACAACCUCUACAUCAGUCGCCAUCCGCGGUGUACUCGCAGGACGCCUCCAUGCAAGCUCCCGCCUCAAACAAUCUCGCAAACUCGAGCUGGUCGCAGGAACAGGACUGGAGCACCGCACCCGACUCUCAAAUGAUCGAUCCGCAUUAUCUAGCGAGCAACGACUACGAGGUUCCCACCGCGCCCUCGACUCCUACUCCCGGCUCAGAAUCUCCAGAUAAUCAUCUACCAAAUCAACCGCCAGGUCCAUCCUCCACGGCUCAAUCUAUGGUAUCGAAUCUCCUAGAAGAACUUGAGAAUUCUCCGAUGAACUAUAUCCGAGCACAUGAGCCUAAAUGUGCCUUGUGCUAUUGUAACUUCACCUGGUUCGGCGAUCACGAAAAGCAGAUUGCGCAUAUCAACGAGUGCUGGGACGAUAUGGUCGAGGACGCCGAAGAAGCUAGGAGCUCCAAGCCCCGUCUACUUCCACAUACUCGUACGACCAUUGAAGGAUUCGAAAUGAUACGCCUUACGCAGCCCGUCAUGGUAUCGAAGCCACAGUUCAAGCAGCCCAGUACUAUCACAGUCACCAGCAACCCUCGCACGACCUGCGUCCUCUGCCCAUCCAACCUGAGCUACCUAGACACCAUUGACGCCUUCCACCACCGCGCAGUGUGCAUCAAUACACUCCAGCCUCUCUUGUGCUCUAUCUGCCACGCGGCGUUCACCACGCCCCGACUCUUGAGCAAGCAAGAGAUAAUCGAGCAUCUCUACAGCUGCCAGAACGGCGGCAACCUGAGCAAAGAGGCCGUCGACUACUACGAAUGUCUUGUCGCUGCAUGGUGCGGCAGGAACGAAGUUGUGGAGCGCCUUCUCAACCGGACUUUCGGGGCGAAGAAAGGCUGGGGCCACCGAGAUCAUCGACAGGACUAUAGAUGCAAGCAAGCAAAAGGCCGCGCGAAGGAUAAGCUGAACUAUGCUUUAGAGGUCACUCCGCUUCGAAGCUCGAUGAGUAUGGCUGGCGCGGGGCAAGUGCAGCUUACUACUGUUAAGCAAGGACUGCUUCCGGGGUCUAUCAGCAUCAGUCGGUUCCGCCGAAGCGCGUUCUCGGUGCUAAAGAUGCCUACCUUUGCGAGGAUUCGUGAGGGCUACCAAGAUGAGAAGGUCAUUCGUACGGUAGUGACUGCUGCCACAUUGUUCGCGCCUGGCUAUGUUGCAGCGACGCAUGAUUUCAAGCAUGAUUUCAAGCGUCAGCGUCGCGGUGGACCUUCAAAGGCCAGGUCUAAUCGUACUAGUGCGUUCACCGAGUCUCUCCAGUUCGACGGCGCGAAUGAUGCAGUACUGCCCGAGGCUGGCACCGAGUCCAGCGUUGCGGCCUCGAGUAACAACACAAACACGCAUGAAACAACGGGUGGCCUUCGACCUCCGCCUGAUAUCGACUCAUCGGCCACGUCUACUGCAGAUUUGCAAACAGCUCCGGGAGAGCUUUACAACUCCGCUUCUCUAUCGUCUGCGGCAGGGCUUGAUGCCAUAUCGCCUACUCCAGCACAGUGGCUGGCAUCUCUCCACCGCUCCGAACGCGACGAGCCACAGUCAAGGCUCCUAGACAUCUUCCUAGCAUCUGAUGAAGCGUCGCCCGUGAUACUACCACGUAGCGUUCGUCGGCCACCAGGACUUACUUUCCCUUGUAUCCCGGCUGAAGGGGAUGAAGAGGAGUCAGGGAAUGCCCUGGUUUCGUUUGCCUCCGUCGAAUCGAAUACAGCAUCAGUUAGAAACUUUGGUUCGUCUUCAUUGCCUCACUGGCGAAAUUCAAUCACGUUUCUCUGUCCGGACGAGCUUGGAUAG